GAAUAUGUCCUUUAAUUUACCUCUCAUGCACUCCAAAAAAGCAUAGGAAGAGACUGGUUGGGGAAUACUAAUAACUCCUAAAUAAAUAAUUUCCUGAGUGUAAACAACUCCCAAGUGAUAGGUGAAAACGCAUUUUCAGUAUAAAAGCAACGUUCUGAUGAAACUAAAGCUUACAAACAAUUUGCCUUCAACACUGUUUAGUAGCCGAACAGCAUGGAUAUAUCAAUAGAAAAGCCAGAAUUAGUCGUCAUGGAAUCUCCUUGUCCCAGCCCGGAUGUUGGAAAAGUGUUCAAUAUGGAUUUUCUAACGAUCAACGGUCGAUUCACUCCUAUAUCUGACCGAUCAUCGGCAUGUUCAACGCGAAGUGUGAGCAUGUGUACAACACCAGUUCCUCCCGAAGUUGAUGAAGAGGAUAAAGGUUGUGCAUUUGAAGUAACAAAUCGAGCCAUUCCAGUUUUUACCAGGAACCCAUUUUCUACACCCACUAGUAUUGUGUAUUCGAAAAACAAAGACAGUCAAUUGAAAUUUACGAUGUUUGACGCAGAAUCCUCGGGUACUGCUAGUUCGGUGGUGAGUGACGUGGAAGAAGAUGAACAAAAGAAGGACUACUAUCCGAAUUGUGAUGUAAACGUUUGGUUACGCUCUUGCGAACAGGAAAUUGUAGAACCAAUCGUAGGUGAAGUUAUUGGGGUGAUACCGGAUUGGUUGAAUGGAAGUCUUUUGCGGAAUGGUCCAGGAAGUCUAAAAGUGGGCGAUAUGACCUUCAAUCACUUAUUUGAUAGUUCAGCUCUAUUACACAGAUUUAAUGUUGAAAAUGGUCAAGUAUCUUAUCAAUGUCGAUUCUUAAAAUCUGAUGCAUACAAAAAGAAUACAGCUGCCAAGCGUAUCGUAGUUACCGAGUUUGGAACCAAGGCAGUUCCUGAUCCGUGCCAAACGAUUUUUCACAAGAUCAGUUCCAUUUUUUCUAAACCCGGCGAGAACAAUUCGGACAAUGCGAUGAUCUCAAUUUAUCCUUUUGGUGACGAGUACUUUGCAUUCACUGAAAGUCCAAUCAUUCAUAAGAUCGAUCCUGAAACGCUGAACACCGACUCGAAACUUAACGUUUCUGACUACGUAGGAAUCGUAAAUCAUACAUCUCAUCCGCAUGUUAUGUCUAACGGAACGGUGUACAACCUAGGCUGCUCGGUAACGAAAACGGGCCCAACCUACACAAUUAUUUGUUUCCCGAACGGUGAAGACAUGUUCGAAAACGCCCACAUUGUAGCUUCGGUUCCAGCGCGUUGGAGAUUUCAUCCAGGAUACAUGCAUACUUUCGGAAUUACUGAGAACUUUUUCAUUGUGGUCGAGCAACCACUUAGUGUUUCCGUUCCAUCUAUGCUGGUUAAUCAAAUGAUGAACGAACCGAUGGCAUCCUCAUUGAAGUGGUAUGAAAACGAGCAAACUUAUAUCUAUCUACUGGAUCGUGAUACUGGUGAAUUGAAACACACUUACCAUGCGGAACCCUUUUUUUAUCUACACAUUAUUAAUCAGUACGAGAAAGAUGAUCACGUAGUAGUGGAUAUAUGCUGUUACAAAGAUCCUUCAAUGCUGAACUGCAUGUAUAUAGAUACAAUGAAAAAUAUGCAACAAAAUCCGGACUAUGCCAGAAUGUUUCGCGGGCGACCGCUACGAUUCGUUCUACCAUUGAACUAUCAGGAUACCUUGAAAAGCUCUUCUGGUAUGUUCUCCAUAUCACGAUCCUUUUCGAGUUUAUUUAAGAGACUUUCUGUAAGCGAAGAUGGUAAUGAUAACCAAGAACAAUGUAAUGACGGUCUAACGCUAAAAAAUUUGGUCACACUUGAAAACACCAAAGCCACAGCGUACGUAAUUCCGAAUGCAACGGUGUUUUGCAAACCUGAACUUUUGUGUGAUCUCGGAUGCGAGACACCUAGAAUUUUCUACGAACAGCAUUUGGGUCGAGCAUAUAGAUACUUUUAUGCCAUUAGCUCGGACGUGGAUGCGAAUAAUCCAGGAACUCUGAUCAAGGUGGACGUGGUUAAUAAUACUAAACAGACAUGGUGCGAAUACAAUGUCUAUCCCAGUGAACCAAUUUUUGUACCAUGCCCGGAUCCCCAGUCCGAGGACGACGGUGUUGUGCUAGCUGUGAUGGUUUGGGGCAGAGAAGAAGAAAACCGCGUCGGUCUGUUGAUACUUGAUGCAAAGUCAUUUACAGAAAUUGCCAGAAGUGAAUUCAUUACUCCGGGACCGGUGCCCAAAUGUCUACACGGAUGGUUUAGACCGGCGAAGAAUUCAGAAUAAUUCAGUGUUUUAUAACUAAUACUCGUUAGUGAACAGGAGUGUGAACGUAGUAAAUAAUAAUAAAUCAAUAAACUCCAUUUGUCAAACCGAUUGACGUUCGUAAA